UACACAUCCUUAACUACUCUUCAAGACUAGUUUUUAGUGGUUGUUUAGUAAAAACAAAUCCCCUGUUACUAGUUAGGUAGGUUUUCAACUUUUUACUCUUAGGAUGAUGAGAAGGACAUCUUAUUACAUAAAUCUUCAGAUUGCCAAUUUAUUCCUUAAGAAAAAUGCUAGCAAUGGAACCUAGGUGAAAGGAUAAAAUGAACCUAUAAAAUUGCCUCACCCAAAUAUCUCAUUGGGACUGUAAUUGAAAUUGUUUUAAAGAUCAGAUUUUUGCAGUGCUUAGUUUUUCCAUUUCAAAGAUAGAUUAUGUCUUUCCAGUUAUUUGUAUUUUAUGUCCUUGUUAAAUUUACGUCUAUAAAGGGUCAGUAUUAUUAUUUAAGAAUUGUACCCUCGUGGCUAAAUUCCCAUGUGUGAAAUGAAUAUCUUUGAGUUGUGUCAUACUUUCUUCUAUAAGAUUAUUUUCUUUAUAUUUGUGUCUAGGUUCUGCUAAAAUAUAAACAAAUGGUGAGAUCAGAAAGCUAAAAAGACCAAGUUAGAGUGAGGUUUCCUUAAUGCUAUAAGUAACCUGUGGUCUAAACAAUUUUUGGUUUUCUGCUCCUAGUUGUCUGUUGGGAAGCUGCCCUUCUUCCAUGCAUCAGAGCCUGCCUUAUCUGCACAGCCAGGGGGCCAGGUGUCAACCUUAAUCCUUUCCCAGGAAUGAAUCUUGCUUAUCGAUGAAAUGCAGUUAACACAUCAGCUGGACCUAUUUCCCGAAUACAGGGUGACCCUUCUGUUAUUUAAAGAUGUAAAAAAUGCUGGAGACUUGAGAAAAAAGGCCAUGGAAGGUGCCAUUGAUGGCUCAUUAAUAAAUCCUACAGUGAUUGUCGAUCCAUUUCAGAUACUUGUGGCAGCAAACAAAGCAGUUCACCUCUACAAACUGGGAAAAAUGAAGACAAGAACUCUAUCUACUGAAAUUAUUUUCAAUCUUUCCCCAAAUAACAAUAUUUCAGAGGCCUUGAAAAAGUUUGGUAUCUCGGCAAAUGACACUUCAGUUCUGAUUGCUUAUAUUGAAGAGGGAGAAAAACAAAUAAAUCAAGAAUACCUAAUAUCUCAGGUAGAAGGUCAUCAAGUUUCUCUCAAAAAUCUCCCUGAAAUAACAAAUAUUACGGAAGUCAAAAAGAUAUAUAAACUAUCUUCACAAGAAGAAAGAAUUGGGACGUUAUUGGAUGGUAUCAUUUGUAGGAUGUCAACAAAAGAUGUUUUGUGAAAUGACAGAAAUAUUAAAAAUUUUCAGCAAUUAUAAAAACCAUUCAUUAUUUUUUCCGGAUUAUGAAAUCUAUUAUGUUUGUUGUAGAAAAAUUUAAAGCACAGAAUGGUAACAAAGGAAAAAAAAUAAAACCAUUCCUGAUCCUAUCUCUUAAUAUUUUAAAAGAUAACCAUGGUUACUGUUAUUUGUUACUGCCUUCUAGUCUUCUGUUUCUGUUCAAAUAUAUUUUAUUUUUAUGUAAGUGGAAUAAUUGCUAACAUUUAUUGGGUGUCUACAAUGUACUGAGUUCUUGUUUUCAUGACUUUAUAUCCCUCAGCUCAUAUUCCUGCACUUCCUUCUGGCUACUCCAGCAUUGCUGUUCCAAGCCUCCUGAUUCCAAGUUUUUACAUGCAAGAAUUCAUUUAAUUAUCACAGCAUCAUAUGAGGUAGAUACUGUUAAUACUCCCAUUUUACACAAAGGCAACUAAAAGGUUGUAGAAGUAAUAAAUAACUUGCCCGAGGUUUUACAGCUAAAAGUCAUGUUUUAUAAA